AUGGGUUCUAUAGAGCAAUUCUCCGAGCUCGCUGGUGAGACGCACGACUGCUCUUACGUCUAUGGCUCCAAAUUUGCCGUCGCCGCGAUGCCGACGCAGCGGCUGCCAGACAGAGAGAUGCCAAAAGAUGUGGCCUAUCAGAUGAUCAAAGAUGAGCUAUCUCUAGACGGUCAACCCAUGUUGAACCUGGCCAGCUUCGUGACAACAUACAUGGAAGAGGAAGCCCUCAAACUCCUCGUCGAAUCAUCCAACAAGAAUGUCAUCGAUCACGAAGAAUACCCCAGGUCUGUCGAAAUCGAACACCGGUGUCUAAACAUCCUCGGAGAUCUUUUCCACUCCCCUGUCUCGCACGGAGCACCAACCACUAUUGGAACAUCAUGUAUUGGCUCUUCCGAGGCUAUCAUGUUGGCAACCUUGGCGAUGAAAAAGCGCUGGCAGAUCAACCGCAAAGCGCAAGGGAAAGAUGCCUCUAAGCCAAAUAUCAUCAUGAGUAGCGGUGUGCAAGUCUGCUGGGAAAAGGCAGCCAACUACUUUGAUAUCACCGAGAAGCUGGUACCGUGCACCGAGUCUCGAUAUGUGAUCGACCCCGUCCAAGCAGUUGACCUGGUCGAUGAGAAUACGAUCGGAAUCUGUGCGAUCUUAGGAACAACAUACACGGGACAAUACGAAGAUGUCCAGGCCAUCAACAAGCUGCUCGUCCAAAGAGGACUAGAUACACCAAUCCAUGUAGAUGCCGCCAGCGGUGGAUUCGUGGCCCCCUUCGUCAAUCCCGGUCUAGUGUGGGAUUUUGCACUCUCCAAUGUCGCCUCGAUCAAUGUCUCGGGCCACAAAUACGGACUAGUGUAUCCGGGCAUCGGAUGGGCCCUCUGGCGGUCGCCAGAUUAUCUUCCCAAAGAACUCAUCUUCAACAUCAACUACCUCGGUGCUGACCAACUCAACUUCACAAUGAACUUCUCCAAGCCGGCCUCCCAUAUCAUUGCCCAGUACUACCAGCUAACCCGGCUAGGACGCAGUGGCUACACGGCGGUUAUGACCAACCUCACACAGACAGCCGACUACCUCACAAAUCAGUUACAACAAAUGGGGUUCAUAAUCAUGAGUGAUUGCCAUGGACAUGGCCUACCGGUUGUGGCAUUUAGGCUUAGUUCGACACUGAGCGUGUUCUUCGACGAAUGGGCGCUGUCCCGGAAACUACGCGAACGAGGGUGGAUUGUGCCUGCAUACACGAUGGCUGCAGACUGCGAGGGGAUGGGGAUGAUGCGGGUGGUGGUGAGAACCGAUUUCAGUAUGGGACGAUGUGAGAACCUGGUGCGAGAUAUACAAGCUGCAUUGGGCAACCUGGCACAUCUGGAGAUUUGGAAUAUUCAGCGGUAUCAGGCUUUGGCCCAAAGCCGUUCGAUGACCCCGAAGAAGCAUUUUGUAGAUGAGCCCUCGCAGAUGGGCACUCAAGAGAUGCUGAAGGAGAUAGGCAGGAUUUGA